UUUCCAUUCAAGUACAGGACCUUUGAGGCAUCCCGCUCAGUGGUUAAGAGUGCUUACUGCUCUUGCAGAGGACCCAGGUUCAAUUCCCAGCACCCACAAUCACCUGUAACUCCAGUUCCAGGGGAUCUGAUGCCCUCUUCUGACCUUCAAGGCUCCUGUGGUAUGCAUAUACUCAAACACACAAACACAAAAUAAAUAAGACUAGCAGAAGAGGCCCAUGGGGCCCAGAGAAACCCACAUACCUCCAUUCCUGUCACCCAUGGCUCCACUUUGAAAUGGAUAUGGCCCAUUAGCACUCUACCCUUCUCAACAGAAAACAGGAAAGCCCCCAGCCCAGCCCUAGGCACCUCUGGGAACUUUAGAAAGGACAUCCAUACCCUAUUUUACUCCCUUAGAACUCUGGAUUCUGACCUCCCUUGAAGCAACUUCAGGCAGUUCUGAGACUGUUCAUUGGUACACCCUGACCUGCAAUCAUGGAGGUAGAUUUCUGCCAGACACUGGCUACCAUGGCUGUAAGUGGGACAGCUUACCUCUCCUACCUCAACCAAUCCCAGGGCCGAGACAUGCCUUGGCCCUCCCGCCUGUAGGCCUAACUACAGAGACCUGGCCAUCCCAAGGCCCGCAGUGCUCCCACAGGUAGCCUAAACUACAUGCCUGCCAGUAGAAUCCCUGGCUGAAAAGACUGCUUCAGUUCAGCAGCCAGUUACAUGAGAAAAGCGAGCAAGCUGGUCUGCGCACAUCCAUCCCAUGCAGUCCUGUGGAGCCUGGGGACAGUCCUCACAGGCAGCAGCAGCGCUGUCUCUGCAGUCGGACUUCAGCCUCAAACACUGCACAAAACUGCCCUCUCAAAACCCGUGGUUAUGGAUCCUGGCUGUGUACCAGAAUCACAGGUAAAGGAAACAUGGAAAUUUGCACCUGCCCACACCAGAAUUCUGAUUCAGAUCUGGGAUGGGGCCCAGAUGUGGGUAGUUCUUAAAGGUCCGCAGAGGUGCUGAUACAUAGCCAGGGUACAUCUAGACCAUACACAUCCCCACCGGGGAUUCUUCCUCACUCCCAGCAUCUAGUUACAUGUGUAUUGGUCAGCAAAUACCAAAUUACCAUCACUAGCCCAGCCGCCUUCACUUUGCUCCUGGCUAUAAAUUCAGCUGCCUCCAGGGCGAUUCCAGCAGGAGAGUCCACAGACCCUUCUUUCUAAUUCAACAUGCCCAACACUGAAUUCAUGCACUCGCCCCCCCCCACACACACACACCUGAACGUCCCCCAGGGAGUGUCAGCUCCUAGAAUCCAUCCUUCUGCCGCACGCCUUUGUCCGCUUUACCACCUCACCUUGUCCAAUCAAGCAGGCAAAAGGAGGUGAUGGAGACUGGGUCCCUGCAGCCCCUAGGUCCCCACAACCCUGCUCAGGAUUUAUCUUUUUGUCCCCAGCAGCCUGCACCCCCUUUUCUGUCUUGCCUGUCUCGAAACCACACUCUCCUCGGGGCAGUCCUUCAAUGAAAUGCGUGUCUGACCACACUCAGACCAGGGCAGUGUGGUCAGACACGCAUUUUACCUCAGCAUCUUUGCGAUGAGCGGCAGACUAAUUAGACCUUUCCAGUCAUAGCCCUCAACCACCCCCCCAGACACCUGUCAAAUUACCUUAUCGCACCUCAAAACCCAGUUCAACUCCGUGGCCCUCCGAUUCUGCCCCCCUGCUCCCCCUCCACACACACACACACACACACACACACACACACACACACACACACACACACUAUCAUUGCCUUCAUUAAGACAGUGUGCAUGAGUUCCUUUGAGCUCCGAGACCCUGAAACUGAGCAGUGAAACAGACUAUCCUUGGACCGUGGGAGCCCAAUGCAGAGCCCUGCCGCUUCGAGGCAGCUGAGCCUUCUGGGGGGGUCCCGGAGCCACCAGCUAGCCAGCACCCCUAUAUCUGCACGACCCAAGCUGGAACUCUUCUCCAGGCUGCCCCUCCUUCGCCGCCCUCCCUCGCUCUCUCCGCCCUCGGCCAGGCCUCCCGGUUCCCUACUUUUGCGUGUCUACCAACUUCGAAUUCCCAGUUUCAGCGCCUCGCUGCCGCCUGCGAAUCUCUACUCUGCCUCCUGGGGUCUUCUCCCAAUGUCUAGCCCCCACCUAAGGGGAUCUAGCCGAGCCAGUGGGGACCGGAUCUGAAGGGUGGAGCGGCCAGGUGAGCCCUGAAAGGUGGGGCGGGGCGGGGGCGCUCUGGGCCCCACCCCGGGAUCUGGUGACGCCGGGCCUGGAAUUUGACACCGGACGGCGGCGGGCAGGAGGCUGCUGAGGGAUGGAGUUGGGCUCGGCCCCCAGAUGCGGCCCGCGGGCUCUGCCAGCAACAAGUCCCUCGGGCCCCAGCCUUCGUUGCGACUGGGGCUUGGAGCCCUGCACCCGAGGUAAGCCAGCCUUCUUGCCCAUCCCCUGACGGACGCUCCUAAGGGCAGGAGAAGGGCCAGAAAGGUCUUCUUCCUCCCCCGUUUCUCUCAGCUUCUCUCUGCUGGGCCCUCAGCGCAGCUCUCUGUCCCUCUCAGUCCCUCCAGUCCCUUUUGUCGCUAGCGUGUUGGACUGUGUUAGCUCUCCUGGCUAGCUGUAAUAUGAGGCUCCCGCUGCCGCCACAGGGCACAGACCGGCUGCCAAGGCCCCACUUUUGGCUAAAAGAGACGUUGCCAGGUGCACAACUCUGGGCAUGAUCCAUUUGAGCUUCGAGGGAAAGCCCAGCACUGGUCCCAGGAAAGGUGCCUAGAAGGACUCGGUGCAGGACCCCCUUGCUGCCUGAAAGAGAGGGUGGGGAAGCAGGCCCUCGAAGGCUGAUGGGAGCUCCUGGUGUUGACAGAGAUGGAACCGGGACUUGGAGACCCUACUGCAUUGCCCCACUGCCUCCGGCCUAGGUGGCAGCCAGCUUUGUGGCCAACCCUAGCUGCUCUUGCCCUGUUGAGCAGCGUCACAGAAGCCUCCCUGGACCCCAUGUCCCGCAACCCCUCCACUCGUGAUGGUCCCUCGCCGGUCCUGGCGCCCCCAACCGGCCACCUGCCUGGUAGGGGGACGCACUACGCAUUUGUGCAGCGAAAGAGCCCUGCCACCACCGCCACAGUCUCCCCAGCCCGCACCCCCACCGCCAGGGCCCGCGCUCCAGUCUCCUCCCGCUGCGCUCCGCGAGGUACGCGCCGCGCGUGCGGGGACCCGAAGCAGCCGCGCGCGGGCCUCGGAUGCGCACGGCUGUCGCUUGCGCUCGCAGCUGGUGCGGGUGAGCGCGCUCGGCCUGGGCCACAGCUCCGACGAGCUGGUUCGUUUCCGCUUCUGCAGCGGCUCGUGCCGCCGAGCACGCUCCCCGCACGACCUCAGCCUGGCCAGCCUACUGGGCGCCGGGGCCCUGCGGUCGCCCCCCGGAUCCCGGCCGAUGAGUCAGCCCUGCUGCCGACCCACUCGCUAUGAGGCCGUCUCCUUCAUGGACGUGAACAGCACCUGGAGGACCGUGGACCACCUCUCCGCCACUGCCUGCGGCUGUCUGGGCUGAGGAUGAUCUCCAAGCCUUUGCACACUGGACCUUUACCCAUGUGUUGCCCUGCCUGGAACAACCUCACCCGGCCUCAUCAGCCAGGAACCUCAGCCGGAAAUGGAAGCUGCAGAGCUCAGGCUCCAGGCCGGUGAGUGGCAGGCAUCAAGCCGGGAGAGAUGACCUAACCACUGACCAACAGCUCCAAGGCGCUCAUGGGUCCCAGCUCUACAGACACCAGAGACCUCAGCUAAGGAGAACUCCUCUGGGAGCAUCCAGAAAUGGCCCCAGACCCUAGGGAAUGAAUCUUGAGAAGAUACAUUGUACUCACGUUGCUGGAAGAGCCUGUGCUAACGCUGAAGCCCUAUUUAUUAUUUCUAAAUUAUUUAUUUACUUUGCUGGUUUGUCAGAUUUUUUUCCUGGACACUGGGGAUGGGUAGAAGAGGCUGGAUGAAGAUGUGCCCACCUCUCCGCUUCCACAGUUCAUACUCGGCAAUCACAGUGUUGACCUGCAUGGGAGGCACAGAUGGGUGACCAAGAUGCACAGUCUUCAGCACUUGGGGCCUGGGUACCUGUGGAAAAAAUAAACUAUAUAGCCUUCUGGGGAGAAAGGCUGCCCUGUGACCUUUGAGGCCGCUGCUUAGUGGGUAAAGACAACGAAAACCAUGCUUUGCCCCACUCCAUCAAUGUCGGUGUCUUACCAGGCAAGGACCUGUCUUGAAGGCUCCCUGAUAGGUGCACACGCUGCUUCCUUUUACAGGUAGUCAAUCCUUGAAGCAGGCCAGGGGAAGAGAACAUCUGAAGGGCUAAGGAUGGGAGAGGGGCACCAGGGUGGUUGUUCAUGGGAAGGAAGCACAGAGCUUCAUGGGUCUAGGAAGACAGGAAGGCGCUGAGGGUCUCAGCAGCUCGUGAAUUUUGGGUGAUGAACAAGCAUAUUCAUGUAUUCGCCCAAUAAACAUGGACAGUGAAACGUCAGCUACUAUGUAGACACUAAAGAUGCAGAAGUGAGGCUGGCUGGAGCUGUGGCUCGGUUGGUAAGGUGCUUGCCUCGUGUGCUUGAAGCCCUUGGUUUGGUUUCCAGCACCACAUAAACGAUAUAUGGCACACAUGCCUAUAAUACCAGCACUCAAGAGGCAGAAGCAGAAGGAUCAAAUAUUCAAGGGCAUCCUCAGCUACAUAUUGAGUUCCAGGCUAGCCUGAGCUACAUGACAGUCUGUCUCAAAAGAGAGGGAAAAAAAAGAUAGAGAAGUGAAAGGAACAUAAUCUCUGUCCUUAAGCUCUCCCCAGGAAAGACAGAUAAUAAACAAGCAAUGACGUACGUAA